AUGUCACCUUUAUCUAUAGUUAAAUUAUUAAUACCAUCAAAAAACAACCAAGAUGUAACUAAAAUUUCACAAAACCUAAUUAUUUGUACAGAACUAUUGGAACAAAAGGGAAAACAAUUAAAAGAUGUUUUCCUAAAGUGUAAACAACUUCAUAAAGAUAAAAAAUUGAAAAAUAUUGACUUUUCAAAGAUCAAUUGUAGUAGUUCACCUUAUCAAGUUGCCAAUGCAAUUCGAUUGAUUCUAAAGGAAUAUGAACUGAUAGAUAGUGAAACAUUUUCAUGGCUAUCGCUUUCACUCACCAUAAUGAAUGACAAACUCUCACUGUUUGUCAUGAGAACCAUUCUUUGUUCUCUUCCAGUGCCAGUUUUCUCAAUCAUUGAACAUCUGUUUGCUUUUCUCUUUCGAUUCUCGAUGCUGUCGGGCUCCUCAAUUCAUUCGAUAUCGGAGCGAUUCGCCAAGUGGUUAUAUCACGACGGCGAUAUCACCAAGCAGAUCACGAGAAUAUCAAACACCAUCAGUGAACUCCUGAGAAACUACGAUUCCUGUUUCAAACGAUGCCCAACCACAGGUCGUCCCGUUUCCAUAGCAACUAUAUUCUUCAAUCCACAGUUCUCGCCCAGUCUGUCAUUUGAGAGUCUCACAGACACCGAACUGGAAGACAACAUCGGUGCUGCCUUCAAGGAGAUUAAAUCAGAGUCAAUCGAUAUCACUAUAGCCAACUAUUUUUUGAAGCUCUGUAUCUCCAAUCAAUCGAGAGCUGCCAAUAUAUUUUCGAAUUCUGAAAAUCACGGAGAGCAAACCAAUCAUAUGGAUCUAGUAAUUCGAUUCCUCCAGAACACUUCAAGAUUUGCUUAUGAUCCAGCCAACAUCAUCAGUGGUAGUACUGAUAGUUUGAGUAGUUUAGAGAGUCUGGCCCAAAGUAGAUCCAACAGCACCAGCAGUAAUUGUAGUAUUGGUUCAACUUUAGGAACAAAGUUUGAUAUUUUAGUUGAUCGAAGAAGAUUUAAAUUGAAAAUAUCUAUUGAUUCUAAGGUUUCUUUGAUUGUAAGAGAAUGUAUAAAUCUAUCAUAUCAUAUUGAUGGCCAUUGUCCGUUGGAAAUGUUGGAAACAGCUGCACUAAUGGUUGAUGUCGUUACCGAUGAACUUGGUAAACUGAUUAUUAAUAAUCUGAUUGUAAAGGAAAGUGAAUUACACCCAAUAUUUUCAUCGAUGGACCACAGAAACAUUGGUUCGAUUGCCAGAGAAAUAUCGGAUAGAGUUCGAUCCUUACCAACAUACUUCGAUAAGCUAAAGAAAGAAGCAAGUGAUUUGGUAAUGAAUUUCUUGCAAGUGGAGAACAACGAAGCACUUCCCAAACUUUCCGCCAUGCAAGAGGUACUCGAGAAGGUGUUGAACCACAUCGGUGAGAUCACCAAACUCUGGACACCAAUAAUAGAUUUCGAUCGUCAGAAUCAACCAUCCAAUCAUCUACAUGCUGAAGUAUCGACCGGUUAUACCCUGAUCGAUUAUGCCAUAAGAGAGAUCGAGCAUACACUAGUGCAGAACGUCGGAUCCAAUCAUCUCGUGAGUCUGUCGAAGCUGAUGAAACAAUUGUUGGAAAUGUCGAAACUAAGGUUGGAGGAAUUUGAAAGUCUGAAUACUCCAGAUCCCGAUGAUAUCCUCUAUAACGGACCUGUCCAGUCGCUUUGUGUUCGAGACAAGAAAUUGAUGGUUGCAAGUAUUUUCUUGCAAUUGGACGAACUGAAACAAUAUAUUAAGCAAACCAGUCGAAUUCUUCACCCAAGAUCAUCGGGUCAAUUGAUUGCCAGACAUUCAUACAGAACCAAUCUUAUGAUAUUACUUUUCUCUAUGGUACCAAGCUAUCGAUCCUACCUAGGCGGUGUCCCAGUGUCAGGAUCUAGCUUGAAUUUAAAUUUGGCAAACAAACGAGGUAAAUCAGGUAGAGUUACAAGCGUAAAUGUUCCAAGAUUAAACACAAAGAUCAAAAGCUUAGUUGAUGGAUUAAAUAAUUAUUUAAUACCUUCUUAA